UCCUGACCCAUCAGAGCUCGGAGCGAUGGCGCGCACGAAGCAGACGGCGCGUAAGUCGACGGGCGGGAAGGCGCCCCGCAAGCAGCUGGCCACCAAGGCUGCCCGCAAGAGCGCGCCGGCCACGGGCGGCGUCAAGAAGCCGCACCGCUACCGGCCCGGCACGGUGGCGCUGCGCGAGAUCCGGCGCUACCAGAAGUCCACGGAGCUGCUGAUCCGCAAGCUGCCCUUCCAGCGCCUGGUGCGCGAGAUCGCGCAGGACUUCAAGACCGACCUGCGCUUCCAGAGCUCGGCCGUCAUGGCGCUGCAGGAGGCCAGCGAGGCCUACCUGGUGGGGCUCUUCGAGGACACCAACCUGUGCGCCAUCCACGCCAAGCGCGUCACCAUCAUGCCCAAGGACAUCCAGCUGGCCCGCCGCAUCCGCGGAGAGCGCGCCUGAGUCUCUUGCCGUAGUCUUUCCGGGCCAGGCAUUGAGGCAAUUCACAGACCCAAAGGCUCUUUUAAGAGCCACCACAUGCGCAGUAAAAAGAGCUGUAACGCUGCAAGGUUUCUAUUACGUUUAUAGAGACAAUAGGAGGGGAAAAAAAUAA